AGGCCACAAUGAGAGUGAUAACAAGUAUGGCGACGGCAGGAGAUGUCCCAGGUGAACUUCUCGUAAAACCUUUAGGAUUCGUAGCCGUGACUGGUCUUGAUAUUGUAAAUAAUGCAGUACAUUGUGCAAUAUGGGAUGCUUUUAAUGCAAGUAGAAGACAGGAGAAGGCCCUGAAUAUCAAACCAGUUGCUGCAGAUUAUGAAUGUCCUCGUCGAAGACCAAAGAGGACAUCCUAUGAAUUCUAUGUACCAAAAGGAAUACUGAAGAAAGACUGGAUGAGCAAGCACCUUCAUAUUAUUCCCUCUUUGAUGGUAAUUUUCUUUGAUCUUGAUUGGGAUCAUAUUCAGUGGAAAGAGAAAGAAACUGAAUGUGCCUCAAGAGUAGCUGCUUUAAGGUCAAGUUUGCAAGGACGGAAUACAAGAUUGGCUGUUGUACUUAUUCAGAGAAAUAUCCCAUUGCCACCAGGGGAGGAUCCGCAGGCCAUUGAAAGAGCAGAGUCACUAUGCACCUCUUGUGAGCUUUCUGCCAAAUCUUUGUUCGUACUACCAUUUAGUGAUCAUCUCCAUGGCUAUGUUACAAGACUUGAAAAUGCAUUCUACGAAAUAUCACAAAAUUAUUACACGAAUGAAAUACGAAGAGUAAAGGCACACCGGGAAUACUUGAAUAAAUCUCAACAUCAGCUGUUGUAUGUUCGGCAUCAAUUUAAAAUUGCUAUGUUUUCGGAGCAAAAACAAGAUGUGCACACAGCUUUAAAACACUACAAGCAGGCCUACAACCACUUGCUUGAAAUCAAGUUGACAGAUGUGAAUAACCUGGAAGUUAAGACUGUGGCAGGUUUUAUAAAUUACAAGAUUUGUAGGCUUAACUUUAAAGUUAGUGCCCCCCUGGAUGCUAUAUCUCAACUGAGAAAGCACAUCGACUGCUUCAAAACCAAAGUUGGUAUAGCAGAUUUGGCAUUUGAGCAUUUAGCAUGGAUGGGAAAGCAGUUCAGUCUUUUCGGCGAUCUUUUUCAAGAAGCUGUCAAAGAUGGUCUGCAGGCGAUACAGACACAGCAUCCUGGAUUUUAUUAUCAACAAGCAGCUGUUUAUUCUGUUGCAAGAAGAAAAGAAUGCAGUCGAAUUUGUAAGUAUUCGCAACCUAUUACACCCGAUCCUCUUGAAAAAGCCGACUACCUCGAAUAUUUUGGUCAGCGGCCGUGGAGGCAAGGCUGCCAAGCAAACGAGCCCCCAGAUUCGGCCAUGGAGCAAGCUGGAAUAAUGUCAUUGCAAGCUCAAGAAUUAACAGUCGAUCACUCAGGAAUAAUCACACCGCUUCUCAGCAGUGCCGUUGCACAGUUCAGAGAAUACAAAUCAGUCAGACUAACGUUGUCUUUGAGGGUCCAGAUGGGGGAAGAAUAUUAUCUGUCGAAAGAUUACACAAAAGCCUUGACGCUUCUGAGUCGUGUAACUAUGUAUUACCGAAGUGAAAGAUGGUGGGCUUUGCUGACAUUCAUUUUGGUCACAGGCUUCAGAUGUGCAUUCGCCAUUGGGAAUGUUCAAGACUACGUCACAUUUGCUUUGGAACUUUGCAGUGAGCAUGCUGAGAUCGAAAGUGACGAGAAGAAACGAAUAAUGAAGAAUUUGCUUAAAGUUGUGGAGGGCACGUAUCCUGACCCGGAGUUAAAUGAUGAAAAGGUGAGCACAGAAGACAUCAGUGGAUGGAAUGAAGCUAUUGCUAGUGACAAUUUGAUAACAGUGCAGAUGGAAACUCUCGCCAGCUUCAUUGAAUGUCGAUCUGCCUUUGACCAAGACGUAUUUCAUGCUGAUGAGCAAGUGACUCUCAAGAUUUAUUUACGAUCAACUGCUGUCAUGCCGAUAAAGAUUUCAAACUUGUCUGUUAUUUUCAACAAUCAGGUUUACAACCAAGUUUCACUAGAUGCUCAUGAUGAAGAUCCUGCAAGUGAAAAUAAACAUUCAUCUUUAGUGCUACAUCCAGGAAAAGUCAAAUUUGUCAGCUUCAGUUUCAUUCCACUACUUUCUGAUAUUGGUACAAAAUUAGAGGUAAAGCAAAUCCUAUUGAAUCUUGGGAAGAAAGUUAUCUUGAAAUGGGAUAGUGCAGGGGAUGACGCAAACUUCCAAGGUGCUGAAUAUCAAAAUAUGACGUCUGGCAGGGUACCAGUUUCCCGUAACCGAGCUGGAGAUGUUCGUUGGGACUCUGUACAGAUCCACCCCGUAGCUGAGCUGGUUCCACGAAAAUGUGAUAUUUCGUUGGAUUUUGUCCACGAUCCACCCUUGUAUGUCGGUGAAUUCUAUCAAGUUGUUGUCGACGUCACAAAUAAUGAAAAGUUUGAAAUAUCCAAUGUUUGUGUCAAUAUGAAUCUGAAAGUGGAUGGUGAGGAAAAAACUUCAAGCCGCCUGCUGAAAUCCCUUACCAGUACAGAAAGUCCCCAGGACGAAGAAUCAGAAGUCACUUUUGAUAUAAACAAUCUUGCACCAGGAGAAAAGGCCUCGUCUUGCGUAUAUGUCAAUGGUCUGCAAGAAGGAGAAGAACAUAUUACUGCUAAGGUCACAUACGAGAUUGUUGUCCCUUGUGGAGAUUCUGACCAAGAUGUCACCUGUCAGUGUGCUAAGGAAGAAUCUCUUGCUGUUAAAGUCAUGUCUCCUUUGUCUGUCAGCUACCAGUUUUACAACAUGCAGUUUGAGGUGAUCGACAAAGUCAACGCCAAAGAACCAUUUUUGUUAUUCUGUAAGCUUGGUAGUGCACCUAGAUGGCCUAUUUUGAUCCAAUCAACGUACUUCGACCUGAAUGGAAAAGUUUUGCGUAAAAAUGGCGAUGUCGAUGGUCAUUUGAAUGAUAUUGAGAUCUCUGAAGGCAACGAAGCCACUGAAUGUCAUUGCCUUGUCACUUCCGCGGAUUCUUGCCGGGAUGAAGUGGUUUCGUUUGGUGACUUUGUCAUUGAAUGGAAAAGAACGGACUCCAGUAUUAAUAUGCCAUGGGUGACAACCAAGGUUCCACUCCCAGAUGUCGUUGUAGCCGAAGUGCCUAUUUACAUUGAUACUCGAAUACCUUCAUGUGGGUGUGUGCAAGAAGCUCUUCCAGUGACCUACAAAAUUUACAAUCGAACAGACAUGGUGCAGGAAGUUGAAGUGGAAAUCGAGCCGAGUGAGGCUUUUAUGUUUUCUGGUAACAGACAGAUCCAAUUCCGCAUCCUACCACAUGGUUCUCACGUUCUAAAUUACAAUAUGUACCCAACCACGCCAGGCAACGUAGACAUACCUAAACUGCACAUCAGCUUGCCGCGAUACCUAAACAAAAGCGUCGACACGAUAGCUCAAAAAAUGCUACCGUCAUCAAUUUUCGUCACGCCUAUGAAGGUGAAGACAGUAGAAUGAGCAUGGGACCUGAAAAAUUUGACCAGCGAAAGAAUGAUCGCAUCUGCUAAGUAUUUUGAUAAACAAUGUUUUUGGAAUUAUUCCUUAUUGACUAUAAAGUAUAAUUUAUACCAAUUAAUUUUCGUAAAUUAUGCAGAUUUGAUUUGGGUGGAAUUGUAAAGCUUUUUUUGCUUUGAGAGAGUUGUCCUUUUUCGUAAAAGUUUUAUUCGAACUCUAUGAGAGACCGGUACAACGUUGAGUUUCAUCAGCACACAUAUAUAUACCUACACAUGAAGUUGUUAAAAAAUUGUCUGUAAAGGCUUUGUGGCAGAUCUAGGCUAUAGUUCCAAAUAGGUCGCUCUCCUGGAAAAACCACCGCGAGACUCAACACUCUACCAUCGGCUGAAAUCGUAACGAGAACCGUUAUUUGAGAUUUCUUAUUUAAAGAGAUUUGAUAGGCAUGUGACACCCCACGCUCAACUACUACCUUCCUGAUUGUACCGGCUUGCAAAGGGAAACCACUUUUGUCACAAUUGAAUACUUGAUCCGCGGAAGUAAUGUCAAAUUCCUUCGGUGCGUUUAGGGCCUAUGUCUUUAACAGAGAGAUUACUCAUUGGGCGGAUCACAAACCACUUGUCUCAAAUGUCAGCAAGCCAUUUGCAUCUGCUUUGAAGAAACUGCAAAGGUUGUUACUAAUAUUGCAAUCAUACGAUGUUAAAUCUGCUAUAAAGCUGGCAAAGACAUUGUCCUACCAGAUACACUCUCUCGUGCAUACUUGCCGACAAGUGAGAGACAAAAGUCCGCAACUGAAGAAGAAGUAGAAACUAUCUGACAAAACUUUUGAUAGUUUACUUUAACAGAUCCUAAGUAGUAGCACUUCUUUUUGACUAGGAACCUUGAAGAAUGAAAGCUGAAAUCAAAUUUAUAUUUAACAGCAAUAAAAAUUGAUUCGCACUAAAUGUAGCUACUGUCCUUUUAGCAACAUGGAGUAGGCUAGCAAAGGUGUCACUGCUGCUGGCAGAACAAAUGGUUCAAGAAUGCAUGGUGCUAGCUGAUCAUAACAAAUUCAAAUCUUUAGCAUUUUCUUACUUUUUAAUUAAAAGAAGAGAUGGAAGUCUAAAAGUGCCGCAGCUUCUGCUAAGAAGUAUUUUUGCAAGCUUCGACAAGCUGAAGAACAUCAGAGUUUUAGGAUUUUAUCGGGAGACAAAAAGGUCUUUCAACAGUUGAAGGCAUAUGUAGAAAAAGCCAACACUUCUCCAUGCCUUAAUGUAGUUACAGGUGUGAGAGUCGAUCAGUUUUCCCCUUUACGCAGAGCAGCUAACGGACAGUAUAAACCCCGUUUUUCCAGAAAAACGAAAAAAGAUAUUCAGCUGAUUUUUGUUGUAAAUAGUAGCUACAAGUAUGGUGAUAUCUGUAAUAGGAAUUAGAUCCUGUUUCCAUUUAUAUUUGAGGCGACUGGGCCCUUUUUCUUAUCUUCAACCUUCUCGCGAACGCGAAUCUGAAUCUGAUUCUGCAGACACGAAAGUCAUUUUCAACAGCUUCUUCAAAAACUGGUGUACUGUUUCAAGGUGCUCUGAGAAACAUUUCUUAGUUGCACUGCAAUCUGUGUUUGGGUGAGCCGCAAUUCCCAUAUUUCUUAAUGUUUCUACUCCCCUACUUGAAAUCACUAGACCCUUAAGUGUUCUUGCAGUAGCAACUUGGAACCAAUUUGCCUGUUGGGACUGACCAUACAUAAGGGUGUAUAUGAAACAGUCCUUCUUUUAUUAAGUAUUUUAUUUUCUUUGAUUGCCUUUCAGUUGUCAUAACAUCCAUUAUUGCUUGGAAUAUUUUUGUUGCCCCUGCUUUCAUGCACAACUCUCUAAAUUCUGUGGGCUCGGAUAUUGGGUUACCACUACUACCAAAUUUAUCUUUGCAUGGUUCCCUGACCUUUCUAUUUUCUUCAUUUAUGUUGCAGUAGUUUUUAGCCUUCUCUAUCAAAUUUCCAAACCGUAACUUAGUUAGAAUCACAUUGUCAUUGUUAUCAAAAGUAACUCUCCAACUUCUUCAUAAUACAUUUUCGUGUAAUUUUCAUUUUCUUCUGUUUCUUGUGAACUAAGCAACAAUUGCUGGCUAGGGCAGCUUAAUGUCUCAGUUCUUUCUGAUUCAGUCUCCAUCAAUUCAUCACAGUCAUCUUUAUUAUGUUGUCUUUGAGUUGUCUUAUUUUCUCCCUCUUUCUUCUCUUCUUCUGCCUUUGCUUCUUCUAUCAUCUCUUCUUCUGUCUCCACCUCUUUUAUCCUCUUUUCGUUCUCUCCAUCACUUUGUGGCUCCUCAUCAAUUAGUUGCUGCUGUAAAAAUGUGUUAAAUAUAAAAUUUAGUUCCAUGUAAAGCCUUAUUGGCUACAAGUAAAAAUUUAAAACAUGUAGGAUAAAUUUGUUGUCAUUCUUUUUGUCGCCUUUCUUGCCUAAAAUUAUCUGUUGUUGGGGAAUUUUCUUUGCCGUAGGUUGAUAGUUACAUAAAGUAUUAUCUUGAAAGGUCAAGAGAAAUUGCAGUUGAGGUGCAUAUGACUAAACGACUAGAUACAUAAUUUGUGUAAAGUUAUGAGCAGUCAAAUAUGUAAAACAGACAUAAGUAUGUUAAAAACAAACAUACAGACAUGCUGUAGGAAUUUCCUUUUUAUUUCAUGUCGUAGAUGCUUUGUAAAAUCUCGUUUCAAUGGUGCAAGCUCUAUACAUUUCGUGCAAACACGGACAACUUUGUGGGCCUUAUCACCUCUCUCAAGAGCCAAUUUCCUGAACGCUUGAAGAUAACGAUAAGAUGGGAUUUUAUUAUUAAUAAUUUCGUUUUUCUUGGUCCUACACCAUUUAAAAUGGUCAGAAUUAUAACAGAAUUUGCUUACUUUCACCAUCUCGUUCUCUCUUAUCUAGUAAGUUUAGGCAACCGCGCCAAAAAUCCCCAAGUUUCCUGCUAAAAAGCUCCCCGUAUCCCAGGCCCCAUACAAGACUGUUUUGUUGAGAAGUUUAGAAAUGCGAAAAAUUCUGGCGAGAAUGAUGUUUUGUUCAAGCACUAUUACAUAAGAUAAAAAUCAAUUACUUUCGACUUUCCUUUGCUUUACUGCCUGAAUUGACGGGGAUUUGAAACUUUUGCUUCGAAAUCCUUUUUCUGGCUGGCAGGGGCGGAUCCAGACUGACUGACCCGACUCACGGAAGUCAGCCAACAAUUUUCAAUCUGUAGAAACGAAAUGAAAAAAAUUAGCUCUCAAACACAUUUUUCUUAAGUCCCACAACAGCACAAAGAUUUUCUUUAAUUUGUCAUAUUAUCUAUAGCGCCUGUUCAAAAUCAUCAGAUCUGUCAACUGUAGGUUCGAAAACUGUUCGACGAAAUGAUCUAUCAAUAAAUUCUCCCAUAGAAAUUCACAGCUCAAUGCAUAAAUCAUUAGAACAAAGAUGUUAGGGUUAAAACUCGCAAUAUCAUUGGUAAGUCAGUCGAAUAAAUUAGGAAUCUGCGCGGUCAUCUUUUAACAAAGCUUUUCUGCACAAUGUUAAAACGCUAUUGUUCUCGUAAGUCAGUAGAGGCGAUGUAUGAUCAAUAAGGCAAAUAAUUUUUACAGGGGUCAGUAUGAGAAAUAUUUUGGGGUCCAGGCGAUGUAUGGAUUUUAAGACUGACUUCCACUGACUUACCACCAUAGAAAUAGUAGCGCUAGAAUGCGUGGUCUAUCACGUGACGCGUGCGAACUAUGGGGAACCAAAAUGGUAGCAACAAGUUGGCAAAAAAUUACGCGGGAAAUCACAGCGGACAGUAUUGCCUACCCCUAUCACCGUAUACGCGCUUGAAUUUCUAAUUAAUCUAAUACACUGUUGCUAACAUUGAAUGAUAAUCGAACUUUGAUAAAAGAAAUGGUAGUGUCGCGUGCUGCUUUCGGCUGCCAGAAUCGAUGGAUUCCUAAAAAAGACUUGCUUCCCGGUCAAACAAACAUAUCGUUCCACAAGUAAGUAGGCCCGUUGUGUGUACUGUGUUUCUCGUUAUUCUUGAUAGGAAUUUGAAUAGAAAAAAAUAUCUUCCAAAAAUUCUAUGAUACUUUUAUUAAGUAUUCGAAAUGAUUUUCAUUAAUGAUAUUUCUACUAUGUUUACAAACAGACAGUAGGUACAUAAAAUCGGGAGGGCAGUGAACCAAAUUAAAAGUCAUCUUAUGGUUCGUGGCAUUAAUUCUUCAAAGAGGGUGCAAUCGGGUGAAUUUACUCGGCUGCCGAAGAUAAAUUCUCCUACAAUUUCUUAUAUUGUAGCAAAAUUUCCUAACAAACUUUGGUGGAAGGGGGACAUAUAACGUAUUCUUAUGUAUUUCAGUAAAUACAUACUCAAAUAUGUGGAACCAUACAUCUCUUUAUUUAAUGAGUUAAUGAGGAAAUGCAUAGAUGGGUUAAAAUUUCCAUUCCUAUUCUGUUUUUUUAUACUGGAUUAUAAUAAGCAGGGGUGGGGGGGGGGGUGGUUGCGAAAAACUACUGACCUGAAGAAAUACCAUGGUAUGUCCCUAUUGGGUACUUUUUAACAAAUAACCUAAUGCAAAAAUAUUGAAACAGCUCAUAAGUGAAGGAAUUAACCUCCUUGCUGAGAGAGAAGCUAAAGUUCAUGCAGUCAUCUUUGAUGGUGCUCUUAAGAAUGUUAGCAUGGCUGAGAAACUUGGAUGUGAUAUAAAAAACCUUUGCACAUUAUUUCCAUAUCCAUCAAACCCCAGUGAAAAUAUCUUUGUAAUUCUUGAUACCUGCCACAUGCUGAAGCUUGCAAGAAAUGCCUUUUCCACCAUCAAGAUCUUUUGUACCCCAGGUGGACAAAGAAUAUCUUGGGAGUAUGUUCUUGCACUCUAUAGAACACAAAAAAAUGACAUACUAUCAGUGUUGCAGCACAGACUUGCAAUAACUUUUUUGAGAAAUCUGGGGUUGCAAGAAUUUAAGGACAGCAAAGCAAGCAGCGACUUCGUCCUUCUGAUGAACAAUAUCUUUGAUAUGCUUAACUCAAAAAGCAAAUUUGGACAGCAUACAAAGAGACCUGAAAACAACAACGCUGUUUACAUAUAUUAAUUUGAACUGGAAAAAGUUGAUUCAAAACUUCGGAAUUUUGUCACAGACCUAACGGCUGGGAUUUGAUUUCAAGGUAAUUUAAGCUAAUUUUGUUAUUAGUCUCGAAUGCAUCAAGUUUCAACAAGACUUUCUAGACACUGAAUCGCGCUGUUGCUGACAAUUUUGUUAACCAGUAACUUCCGCGUUUCUGUUGGCCAAAAACUUGAGGAAUUUAUUUAGUACUACUCAAAAAUAAUAUCGCAUACCCAUUUAUAAUGGUUGAAGGUUGUCUAAUGAUAAUGAACUUGAACUGAAUAAAGCCAUAAUUAAUUACUAAGCUGCCCUAGGAAAGGAAAUUUGGUAAAGAAAGGAGUCCAAACAAAAUACGAAGAAAAACCGUAAAACGACUCGCUGUGGCGUAUGGAAAAAGUAAAAACGCCCGUACCUUCUUCUAUUUUGGCGCUGGAAAGGUUUCAUGAAAUUUUUCUCCUCAUAUCACCACGCAGAAUCGGUAAGUCCAUAACUUCUUAUUUGUGUACAACGUACGCCACAAAAGCUUUUUGCCAACAUGUUGCUACCAUCUUUGCUGCCCAUUGGCAUUACGCAGAAAACAAUAGGCGAACAAUAGCGCGCGCAUUCUAGCUCUACUAUUUCUAUGGGGUCUGAUAAACCAGGUUCCGGAUGCAGUAUGGAUAUUUUGAAGUCAAUCAAGUUACUUAUUGGCUCGAAUGCUUUUUGACACAAGUUGGAAGGUGGUUGGGUAAGGUUUAAAAAUUAAUCAAGAACAAAUUAAUUUGUAGAAAAGCUCGUUUUCAGGUUUUGAGCUAUAGACCAGAGGGUGGAAGGGGACCACCACCACCCGAGCGGAGAAUUUAUGAGAUCAAUCUAUUCUGGAUCAGUUUUUCGUGUAGAUUCCGAAUUUGGGUGUUGAUUCCCCGUUUUAGGGGGCUUUUCAGAGAUAUAGGGGGUCUAAAGUCUGAUUUUAGGGCUAAUAUAAAUGUCAAUAAAAUAUAGACAGGUCAGUUCUUUGAUGAUAUCUAUGCUUGUUGACUCUCAUUUGGAAGUGAGGGGGCCAUAGAAAACGAAACAGGAGUACAAAAUACUGUAAAUUCCACGAAAAACUGAUUUUUCGCAACUGAAUGGAGUACUGUAGCAUGAUCACAUAGGGAAAUGGCUGUUUGUACUCACCAGGAAUGUGGCUUUCUCAGACAUGUGUAAUGACUUAUAUGGAUAUUUCCAUAUAACUACAGCUUUAUUGCUAUGGAUCAGAAAGGAAAUGAGGCCCAAAAGCAAAUCUUUAUGAGAAGUACUUUAACACAUGGUUUUGUGUCAUAACCUAGGAAUGUAACUUGUAUGUACUUCACAGCCUUAAACGAUGAUUACCUGUUAACAUUGAAGACCAUUGAGGGUGUAAAAGUGUAGAGGUUUGGAUUUUCUUUCAACCUGAACUAACCUAAAAACCUAGACCUAGAAACUGCAAUUUCAUUGCUUACAAAUUCAUUAUCAUUUUCAAUGUUCUGUGAUUAAAGCAAGAGUAAACUAUGAAAGGUAGUUAGAAUAUAUGGCAAACAGAAAAAGAAGAUGAGCUGUUCAUUACACUCAUUUAGUCAUUGAAGAUCAGAUCCUUUGCCCUUUAACGAUAUCGCCAGUGUUACCUGAACUUUACGAAGGCCGAAUCUGUCUUUGCAAACAAAACGCAAAAGGGGAAGAAAGUAAGCAAGAAGGCAUCUUCUUAAAAAAGAAAACAGUGACGAAAGCAAGCGCCUAAUAACAAGGGCCAAUCAAUGUUAAUAAUGGGGAAGAAGCAACUAUUGAAACUUAUAUAAACUUUCAUCAUGCCGAACUCUGCAAAAAGCUCCAGCAUUAAGAGAGGGUAAAGCUUUCCUGGUAUAAUAAGUACACAGUAUUUUGUAGUAAGAAGUCGACUACCCUUACUUCUACAGCUGUCCACGAUCCCACUAGGCAUGUCGCCCGUGCCGCACAAAUAUGCAGGGCUCUUUGUUAUGCAAAUAUUUUACCAAAUCUCACCAAUCAAAAUUCAAGUUUUCACAUAUUUGUGCGGCACGAAAAGUCUGUAAGCACUAUGUUAGAUUACUGUGCCGCACAACUGCUGGCAAGGGAAGAAAGUGGAUGAGGUUGAAAGUUGUAAAGGAGAAAAAUCCCAAUUUUCUUUAUUUAUGCGGAAGCGGUGCACAGGAAGUGUACACUUCUGAAUCUCAAGAUAUUUUGUCUCAACUGCGUGUUUGGAUUUGCUGGAAAAUUUGGAAAACCUUUUAAAAGGGAAAAUUUUUUAGACUGAACAAUUUGAACGUUUCAGGGCCCCAGUCCCCUCAAAACUACUACAAUGCCUGCAAACCUCGUUGGUGAGGCAACUCCUAAAGAUAAGGGCGUCCAUUAAGGCGUUUCAUCAAUCAAAGUGUAUCAGUCUUGCUUAGCGGGACAAAUCGCAGUUAGAAAGUUGACGCUUACAAGACAUGAAAAUAAUUUUCUAGACCAAAAAUCAAGAUGACUUUCUUGAAAAAAAGUGAAAUUAUUCCUUUUAUUUAUAGUGGUUGCAAUAAUCGACAUUGUGAGCUUUAGGGUUUUUGCCCUUGAAAUUAAACCUAGUUGCUCUGGUUCCGGGGGGAGGGGGGCUGGGUCCCUAUCAUGGCACUACCCUUGACCAUGAGGGAGGCCCUCUAGACCGCCUGCUGGGUACUGUUUAUGUGCGACCGUCAACUUUUAUACUGUAUCCGCCCCUGUUGAGUAGGUAGGUAGAAAGGGAGAUAGGGAGGUAGGUAGGUAAGUAGAUAGGGAGGAAGGUAGAAAGGGAGGUAGGUAGGUAGGUAUUUUUUAGAAAAAGUUGGAAGCUUAUGCAAGGCACAAAAGCAUUCGUCAAAACUGUCGCAAAGCUAGGGGCAUCAAGUAAUCCUAUAAAUUAUGUAAUUGGGGGUAUUGAAAGGUUUACUUGUGCGUUGUUUGGAGAAAAGAGAUUAUCGUCUGUUCAUGAUAUUAAACGGAAAAAUUUUUGGAGCUUCUCUUUGCAACCACCAUGCAAAAACAGCCUUUUAAGAUACAUCAAGCGUUCAAAUUACAUUGCACAAAUGUGCAGACAAGCCUCUCAACCAAUGAUAGAGCAAGAAGGCUCAAGUACACCACGGGUGGAAAGGUGACUUUUCUAAUUCUGUUUAAUGAAUUUUUUUCGCAAAAUCCAGAGGAUGUUCAAAAAUACUAGUGGAGGUUGACGAUCUUGUAGAAAUGGAAGACUUAAGAAGAGGCAUUGAUAUGUCUGAGGAUAAGGAUGAAGAUGAAUAAUUUUUUGGGUAGACUUGAUAGUAUUCAAAUAUAUUGUAACAGUAAUGUUUUCUUUUGGAAAAAAUUUAAUUUUUCACACCUCCCUUAAUCCCCUAAAUUCUAAAUAUAGAAAAACACUUUCAAAUAUCAGCCAACAAUCAUAGAUAUAGUCAGAGAACAUAUCAAUAUUUAUCUUAUUGAAAUUUAUUGAGGAAACCAAACUUGUAGCAAUUGACCCUAAAAUUUGUCUUUAGACCCCCCAUAUCUCGGGAAAGCCCCCUUAAACCGUUGAUCAACACCCAAAUUCGAAAUCUACGCAAAAAACUGAACCAGAAUAGAUUGGUCUCAUAAAUUCUCCGUUCGGGUGGUGGUGCUCCCCUUCCACCCUCUGGUCUACUAUACCUCAAAAGCCAUUUUGUUAUUUUUAACUUUGAAGAAAUAUCUGAAUGGUCAAAAUAUUUUUAGGUUUCUAUCCUUUUCUUUAUCAAGGCUCAAACAACAUUAAAGAUUUAUUCAAUUGACGGGAAAUAUUUAAUCAAUAAACUGCAAUCCUCAACUCUAUAUGCAUAAGUCUACAUUUACUCAUCAUCUCAAAAGCUAUUCCUGCCAGAAAACUGUGUAGUCAUAACUUUACUCUAGACAAGAUAGCAAACACUUAUGGAAGUCUGCAACUGAUAUCUUUAGUGCCACAACUCAAAUAAGAUACGUCAUGAUAUAAGGGGCUACAGCAGCCCCAGGCUUCAGCAUGCCUAUGUAGAAUGUAAAAUAUAUAUUGUUGGUUAGGUUCAGGGAAAAUGAAAACUGCCUGUACAAUGAUUCUCUGUCAUUAGAAAAGAUGUGUCAUCUACUGAGAGCAUUAAUAUCUGCUGAAUUUUAUCUUCACUCUGAGUUUUAUGCCUUCCACUCCCAUCUUUCUUGCAGCAUUUCUUGCCUUGCUUAUGAGAGAUCUUUUGCUCUGUUGGAAACUUUCUUUUCUCAUUCAGUUUCUAAUGAAGCUAGUGAUAUACUUACAGGUUCUUUCAAAAAUGGUGCAUUGGUUGUGUUGAACAUGGUUAAUCAAAAAUUGUCAGGUUAGGAAGAGGAGCCCAAUCUAUGUGUAUCAUAGAGUUAUUAAAUGUUCAUGGUUUGCUUUUAUUCAGAAACUGGGGUUUAAAAAGGCAUGUUAUAAAUCUAAGCAGUGCAAAAAUUAAUCUAAGCAAAGCAAUCCAAAAAUUGAACCUAUAGUCUAAGGCAGGUGGUUGUGACCUUAACCCAUCAUUCAAUGCAAACCAUAUUGUUCCUCUUCCUGGCAAAAAAGUUGUUUGCAACAACCAUGUUUUCAAGAAAGAACCAAAAUGAAAAAAGGAAGCAACCAGAAAAGCAAGCCAAGAUUUCCUCUAUUAAAAAUGUUUCCAUUAAAAUGACUUUAGAAUCAGUGGAGAAAACAAAUCUGAUGAGCCAAAUGCUUUAUCAAAACCAAAUCUUCCAGUUCUUAUGGUCAAUUUGACAAACAUUGGAACUUUUAGCUAAAAGCUACCGGCAUGACAGAUAUGCAGAAUUAUGAAAUCAUGCAAAAUAUCUGGAAGCCAGAUACAAAACUUUAUCAUAAAAAAAUCAUUGAAAAAGUAAGGAAAUUUGUAUACUCUUGGCUCAUUUAUUAUUUUUUGUGUAAUGAGCCAAAAAUUGAUGCUGAAUAAGACUUUUAACAGAUAUUUAGCUUUCCCAUAAUCAUACACAAAGUGCAUAAAUCACCACGUGUAUUAAGUGGAAAAGAAACUAGAUAUGCUUUUGCAUAAAUUGGAAUACUGCUGUUCAAAGGGAACAACAAUUUAAUUGCACACAACUAGAUGACACUGUUUGUCUACUUUGUGCUCUGUUUGGAAGAAAACUGGUCAGAAUGCAUUUUGAAAGUCUUUUGAAGAAAGUCUUUUGCGAGUAUUGGAAUUGAUUAAUACCAAAAUGGAUCAAAGAUUCAUGAAUGAAACAACACUUACACAGGUUUAGCAAUAAGCAGGUUUAAUUAUGCCAUUGAAAAAAGAUAUACAUGCAAAGGUCAAAGGAUUCCUUCCUUGCAAAGUGUGUUCUUUUAUCUGUAUAACUUAAUUUGUAUACCAAGUACCUACAAAUUCAUGGUUAAGGUUUUGCUUUACGAGACGGUUAAAUCUUUGAUUCAAACAUUCUUAUAUACUUAUGCCAUUUUGAUAUACAUUUUACAAAAAGACCUUUUUGUAACCACAACCCUCUCCUAAGUUUCCACAAAAUACCACCAAGUUCAACCAAAUGUCAAAAGAAAAAGGCUUGGAGAACUCAGCUUAUUAAAGUAGUCAACAGAUGUGACCCCAGUUCUCACUGCUUCUUUUGUUCAUUUGUGAUUUUAAGUUUUUUUCGCAAUGCCUUUUCUUUCUUGUCAAUCUUUUUGGUCAUCCUGUGCUCUUCAAUCAUAUGUUUGGCAUGUGAAUGAGCCCUGAUUUUUAUGUACAUUAAGAUGCAGUCUUUUAGUGUUGCCUAUUUUACAGGUUCUGAGGCCAAACAAUUUUGGCAUACUCUACUCAAAUUACUCAAAAUUGCAUCUUCUUGUAGACAGUUGCCCAGAAUUUCUUGCACAUUUAUCCUUGUUUUCUGGGUGGAGAUGUGGUCUCGGAAAACAAGCUCUGUUUUUUCUAGUAUUUUUGCAAAAGAUUCCUUUGGGUAUGUCAAACCUCCCCUAGUUAGAGUGUUUAUAAGUCUGGUUGAGCCUUCUUGCCUCCCCUCUUCUCCCUUACAAGCAUUUAAGACCUCCAAUCGUUCUUUUAACAAAAAAUAUCCAGUUUUAUUUUCCUCAACUUUACGCAUGUUGUCAUAGGUUUUUUUUGUGAGCUUAUUAAGGAUUGCACCACAAAUAUAUGUCACUACUUCUUUUUCAUUGCCAGAUAAAAUUUGUUUCUCUACCUCCUUGUCUUCUGUUAUUGCAUAGUUUUUCUUUGCAAUUACUUCUUGACAUUCAAAAAUAAGCCAGGAGGAGAAUCAUUGUUCAAUUUCAAGACAAUCUUGUAGUUGAGUAACAAUUUCAUUGUCUGUCCAUAUUUGAUGGAACUUUUGCCACACUUUGUCAAGGGAAAAUGCCUUUCCUGCUACCGUAUCCUCAAGGCGUUUGUUAAGAAAGUCUAAAUUUGGAGAAGGUGCAUCAAGAAGGCGUUUGAUUGUGGCACUAUAUAGUUGUUGAAGCAUCUCUUUUUCAGACAUAGCCUUCAAUGCCUCUUUAUAAACUGAACUGAUGUUGAUAUUUGGAAGAAGACCUGCGUUUGGUUUGGGCUCUGUCUGUCUUUUUCUUUUCUUUUGAGUUUUUCCAAGAAUCAAUUUCGUGUUUUUGUCACUGCAAAAUGCCACAGUUACUUCCUGUAAUCAAAGCAAAUAAUUAUAGUGUCUACUUAUGUAACAUCAACUAGUUAGUAUGAUAAAGUAUAUAUCAAUGGUAUUUAUAAUGGGCUGGGGAAAAAGAGCAAAUACUUCCUUGAUGGAAUUUAUUAUAGGAGGCAAGUUAAAAUAAAAUUCGAGAGAUGAUGCCAUUGUUAUUUUGGAGACAAAAUGAAACUAUGCUCAAGCACUAGCAUAUCAAUAUGUAAAUGCUUACUACUUGAAAUAACAGAAUCACUUUUUUGCGAAAAAACCCUCUUCAUCACAACUACCGGUCCCGUUCCAUGUUAUAUAUUUGUUGUAUCCUUUUCCAUAUUUUUGCUUCAGAGGGAGAAACUAAUAAUUAGUUCUUUUUUUAAUCAGGUAUUGCUUAAUAUCGUAUGUUACCUUGCCAUCUUGCAGCUUUAUACGAUCGACGAUAUACGGGUAGUUCUGCGGCAACGAAAAAGUUUUGGAUAAAGUUUUGGAAGCCGGUUAGGCCAUCAUAUGAGACGGCUUGCCGAUCCAUUCUACGCAUUGAGAUUGGUUUACUGAAAAUUAAAUUGUGGAAAUAAACAUAAUUUACCUCUGCCGCCAUCUCUAAGUCUUCUAAGUUGAUGUCGUCUGAAAAAUAUUCAAAUUCCAUCUUUUUGAAGUUCAACGUCGAGAGAUCUUCCCACUAAAAAGCGCAACCGGAAAUGACCGCGCGCAUCAUUUUGAUAAGAACCUAUUGUUUUGUUCUCCAGCUUAGUUUCCUAUCCAGUCAUAUUUCCAUCCAUAUUUUUUUUAUAUAAGGCUUGUAGGCCGAAAUGGCCCAUCGCCAACACAAUUACCAUACAUACAAGUUGACAUAAUUACAAAUUAAUAAUAAAUCUCAGAACAUAAGUACAAAUUAACAAUAAAUCUCAGAAAACAGCAAACAGAAUUACUAUACUUACAAGUUAACAUAAUUACAAAUUAACAAUAAAUCUCAGAAAACAGCAAACAGCUAAUACAAAGAUAAACAGAUAAAAAAAAUGAUGACGAGCUGGAAAGUUUACGUUACGAGGAUAUGCACGUAGAGGACUUCCCAAAAGAUUCCCGUGACUCAAAAGCCAUCGCUAUCGAUAUCAGACAAUCCGUAUCUUCUUGACUCAUCAACCAAAUAAACUUAUCACAAAGGUCAAGGGAUGAUAUUCUGGGAAAUUUUGAAUUAAUCAUAGAUAACAUAGAAUUCCUAGCAGUCUCGUAAAGGGGACAAACUAAUAAAAAAUGAAUUUCGUCCUCCACAGCAGUUUUAUUAAAAGAUUGACAAUACGGACAUUUUCUAUCAAUCCUAGGAAUAGGAUUCUUCCCGUAUCUACCUGUUUCAAUCCUGAGGUUGUGGGCACUGAGACGUAGUUUUGCAAAGUUGGAUCUUUCUUUUUGCUAGGUAUCAAGUCUAAGUAAUGCUCAAACUUAUAAACAGUUUUGAAAGAUGCGUAUGUACAAAGCUUUUUAUUGAGAAUAGUUUGUUCUUUUAAAUUUUCCAUAAUUUUUGACCUAAAAUGGGAAGACACUUUUGAUUUCACGAUAAUGGAGUUAUCGGUUGUAUGUAUUCUGUAAAGGGUCAUCAGGGAACGGGCAAUACUGACCCAAUUAGAAACACCGGAAUCUGCAUCAUUAAUUAACAUUUGAAGAGCUCUGUAUGCAUAUCUGGAGGAAUCGAGAUUUAUUAAACGAAUAUAAAAUUUUAAGAUAUUAAUAUGUCUAUGUUCAAGCAACGGACAACGUCCCAACUCCGCAUAAACCCCAAGAGACGUUGUAGAUCCUUUAACACCUAGGGUUGACUUGCAAGCCAUAAGAUGAAUUUUUUCCAGGCAUUCCCAUGUACCAAAUCCCCAUACGUCAGUGGCAUAAUUUAGAAUAGGAAGUAUUGUACUGUCAAAUAAAACUGACGAUUUACUGGAAGAUGACAUUGAAAGAUUUUUCCAAAACUGCUUUGGACAUUCAUUUUUAAGCAGCCAAAGCUCUUCUUUCGCAUUUGUAAGGUAGGAAGCGCGUUUUCUUUUCAAAAGAGCUUUGUGUCUCUUUUUCUAUAAUUUGUAAACCUCAUGUAAAGUAUUAUAACGUAUUGGGUCAGGUUUAUUGAGUCUCAGGGCUGCUUGUAAGGCCUUACGUGAAGUACUUAGCAGUUUUUUGCUGGAUUUACACUCGUUAUCAAACCAAACAAAAUGUUUUUUCUUCGGUACGUUACUAGAAAAAAUUUUCUUAGUUCUAAGACAACCUUCCGCAAUUUGAGUUAAAUGUUUGCGCAUUAAUGCAACAGUAUGACCAACAGGAAUGGACUUAUCAUCAAGAUCAGUUUCCAAAUUUUCCAGAAAACCCAGGGUAUUAUCAUUUUCGAUAAAAAGUUUAAUUUUCUGAUGGGAAUCAACACUGGGGAUGUAUUGUUUUGUGUAAUUGCUCAUAAGAACAUCAACCGCCAAGGAAGAUACAUUGUCGGGCUUGCUAGAGCUAACUGUUGAAUUAUUACAAUUAACACUUUGCUUAAUUGAGAUCUCAAUAGGAGAAUGACCGGACAAGCUACUCAUGUUCCUAACUUUAAGGCCACUAAUCAGACCAAAUGUUUUCUCAUUUGCAAGAGCGUAAUCUACUGUGCUGUUACCAUUGGACGUGAAACAAGAAAAAUGUGAUGAGCGCUUUUUAUCAGUACGGCCAUUAAGGAUCCGAAGGCCUGCAGUUUUACAGAAUUCAAUUAGCAAUCGACCGCUAUGAUUAAUUGUAUUAUCACUAGAUUGCCUAGUAAUUAGGGCAGUGUCUGGCGAGUAAUCAUUAGCGACCGGUAGAAAAUCGUCUACUGAAUCAUUUACGAUAAAAUCUGGCAAUGUCCCAGUUCUACCAUUGAAAUCACCAAGAAUUAAAAUAGAUCCUUUUGCGUCAUAAUUAGCACAUUCGUCUUGUAACAUAUUAAAAUUUAGGCUUCUGCCAGAUUUAAACCAAAUUGAGUCACUCGGUGGAAUAUAAACAAAGCAAACAAAGAGAUCAUCGGCAAGGCCAAAAGCAAUUUUAUCAAAUCGACACCAAAAAUGAUAUGCAUCCGAUUGUAAAAUAUGGCACCAUGAUGCCAGAGAGUAGAGUUACGAACGAAAAGAGACAUCCCGCCAGAAGACCUCCCAUAGCGAGAAGUUCUGCACCCCAACUGAUGGAAGACAGAAAAGUUUUCGUUAAGAUCACGAAAUUCGGGAUCACCUUGAUCUCGCCAUGUUUCAGAUAGACAAACAAUAUCAUUAUUUUCCAGAGCUUGAGAAAGAUCAUUGUCACGAUCACCAAAUGCCUCGGCUACUUUUAACUUUUUUAAACCGUUGAUAUUCCAAGCGCAAAGCCGUAAUGUGCUAGGAACAGAGUGACUGACCUUUUUUGGCAUAGAAUAUAGAUUACGAAAUGCACGAUAACUAUUUGAUUGUGUAUGUAAAUGAAAAUUAGAAAAACGAUGGUGAGUUUUUAUAAAAGGAUCAUUUCGGCCACCCCCCUAUGCACUGUUUGUAAGACGGAAAAAAUCGUUGUAUGAACGUACCUCGUGAAUGAACGAGUCGUUGAAAUGCUUUUAUAUGGUAUUACAAUAGGCGAACAAUAGUGCGCGCAUUCUAGCAUGUCAUCUUUUCGCCGGCAUUUUCACUGGCAUGGUUCGGCCACAGAAUAAGAGUAACUGUGCCACUGUGGUAUUGGCUUCGGCCACUUCUAAGCUCUGGUUACCCUGGUUGCGCUCAAGUUUUAUUAUCCGAUGCUCCAUGCUACGAAGUAUUGACUUCAGGUAAUUAUCUUCAUAAUCAUCAGAGUACAUUUGUCAAAAGCUAAGCGCUUUUCUAGAAUUUGUGUUGGGAAGGCCUAAAAUUUGACACCCCGAGCUGUUCGUCUUGUAAUGGAUUAUAACCAUUGUGGGGUGUGGGGGCUUUCACAUCCCCAAUAGUAUUUCAGAGAAUAAGGCUUUAGGUAUUUCAGAGACCUUCAUGCCAGGGCCUAUUUUAAGAAAUUUUUAAUACUGCACAUUUAUGAUUAUAUUUUUUGUAGGAAAUUUUGUUGUUGCAAUUUUUGGAAAUUUCUGGGCACAUUUCGUUCAAAGUUAUUUAGGAGAUACUUUCCGACGGUCAUACGGGGUUUACAAUACAUGACCUCUAUAUCGAACUGACGGGGAAAAUUCAAAUUUUGUGAACAAAGCGAGAAUCUGGGAUAGCGGCAAUUAGACAUUUUAACAAAUCCCAAAAUUGAAUACUGCACAUUUUCGAAAUCAAUACUGCACGUUUUUAAAUUAAUACUGCACAAAGUGUGUAAUACUGCACACUAAAAUAGGUCCUGCUUCAUGUCAUAAAAUCAAAUAUUAGAAAGAUGUUGACACCAGCACAAAAACGCAAAGGAUAAAAAGUUUGUCCAUGACAAGGUCAGCCACAAGAGGGAGAGCGACAAAGAUACUAGAUGAUUAACAAACCAUCUGUUCCCUCAGAAGUACUCUCAGGAACCUAAGGAGGAUAAAUAAAAAAACUUAGCAGGCAAUCUAAAUUUUACAACCAGCCCAUUUAUAACAGCCAUGAUUUUUUACAAAACCAAAUAUUGGGAACAGUAACAAGGCCAUUUAAUAUCUAUUUUUAUGUAUGGAUAAUUUUCUCAACAUUUUCUCUAUGUUUAGAAUCUUUGAUGGUGUAACAGAGCUAAAUUUAUCAAUUUCACUUGGUUUUUUGUAUACAUAGGUAUUUUGUAUAUUACGUAGAUUAUUAGGAUAUCCCCCUUGUGCAUGUGGGAGAUGAUCCGAAGACUGAAACCUCAAAGAAUGACGGUUUCUUGUGAGCGGCUAUACUUUUCCUUUCCAUUCCCAUCUUAUAACAUCCCAAGGCUAAACUUUAAUCUAAACAGCUAACAUAACCAAAAACGGUUCUCAGCGAACUCUAAUACUUAUAACAAUCCAAUGAAAUGUAUAACGAGACACAGUCUUUCUCAAGCACUGCCUGUCCUAAAUGCAAACUGGGUUGCAAGAGCUUGGGCAAAACAGUUAGCUUCCUUCUGAUGUUUAGCCUUUCAUGUCUAUACCUUCUGAAUUUCUCUCUAAAUCUCCUUGAAUCUAACUAACUACGUAUAUUUAUAUGUACAAGGAAAAUACCAGAAAAGCAAAACUAUGCAUAAAAUGUUACCCAAUAUAACCAAUGACUACGUAACAUGACGUAAUUCUAAUGAGGGGUAAUCCUACGGAAAGGAAAAGUAUUGUCGCUCGCAAGAAACCGUCAUUCUUUAAAGUAUCAGUCUUUGGAUCAUCUCUUGCGAUUUUAGACCUCCAUUUUACAAUGGUAAAAAGCUGUAUGUGUGGCACUGUAUUCAAGUUAAUAUAUACUUUAUUAUGUUACUCCAUCCUCGUCCCCCUCCCACCUAGGAAUACUUGAUUAUGUUAGUAGAAAAAUUCCAUGAUUUGCCCUCGGCACCAACACUGCCCCUCCUGCCCUUAUCUUUCUUGAGGGUAAACAAACUUAUGUUUUGAAGACUUGAAGAUUGCUUUUCUCCGUAGUUUCUCAGUAGAAGUGUCAACUGCAAUUCACUAUGAGCUCCAAAUUUUUUGAACAUUCAAAAGGCAUGCUAAGAUGAAAAGAGGGAUCAAAAUUGACAACCAGUGCUGCUUCUUAUCUAGCAUUAGAAGUAACUGACAACCUGGUAUUUUACAAGACCAUAUGGUGAAAUUGUUGUUUCUAUCUGCUGUUAAAUUUUUUUGCACUAAAUAAUUUUCAAUAGGAUUAGGAGGAUUGCUUUAGUGAAAUUUUCUUAAAAGAGUGCAUUUUCCAGGGAACUAGAAGCAUCAAAAUUCGAAAAUUUCCUCCCUCAGCGGCAACCAUGGUGCCACCUCAGGUAGUAACUAUAUCCUUUGCUUGCCAUGAUAUAGAGAUUUGACAGAACUAUUAGGAAACGCACUAACACACCAUUUGCUAAGGAGGGGGAUGGUUUUUAAUGUGACAUGUACAUCCGGGGGAGCAAACACGACUCAGUGUGAGAUACUGUAAGAAUGGUUAGAGUGUACCAUCGUAUGAUUAUAUGGGUGCUCUGAAUGCAUGAAUUUCAUUCCCAUGAAAAUAAAAUUGAGCACAAUAGGGGACAGACUGCCUUUAAAUUCUAGAAACUGUGUUUGCAGGUUUGGACAUCCCAAGCUGUUCUAUGAAAAUGGAUCUGCGUGCAUACAGGUGUGGUCUUAUCAUGGAUUAUAACAACUGAAGUGAUUGUAAUACGUUAGGAAGCUUCACAAUUCAAUUCUGUUUCGUGAAUAAGGCUUUGCUUUUUUGCUGCCUAAAUGGUAAUCAUAGUGGUCUCGUUCCCUGCCAUGCUCAAUUUUUUUUCCAAUGUUGCCCAAAAUGUUUCUUCUUCAAUCUUUUUAGAGAAUUUAUUAUUUUCUUUGCAUGAUCGGCUUUGAAAAUUUGCUAACUUUUGGCAUAAGAAAUUUCUAAACAUGUUUUGAGAAAUGUUGACUUGAAUAAGAGAGUACAGUGAAAAUUUGAUAUGAAUGUCUUGGUAAAAGCAAACGCCAAAUUUUGAAGCCAGCAGGUCAACCCUACGGACCAAAUGCAAUCAUGCUUGUCUUGCAACUUUUCAAUUUGACCCUUAUCUCUUAAAUUGGAUGAAUAUAACAAUUUCUUUUACGGCCUUUUUUCUGAAAAUUUUGGAAAAUAGUGGCCCUUUUUACAGGAAUUCUUUGAUGCAUCUAUAAGAUGGGAUCAAGUAGAAUGAAAAGUCCUAGCAUGGUGAGCAUAUAUCAAGGCCAAAAUAAUACCAUUUACAAUACAGAUUUUGCACAGAUUAACAUGAUUUUCCUAACACACAUUAACAUGCAUGUUUAGAAAACUUAGCCAGCUUGUAAACAAAUUAUCGCGUGUUCUUGUGUAAACUUGUAAAUGUAUGAGAUUUCAGUAAAAGGUCACUGGAAUAGCAGUCUUAAUUAUCAAUUAAAAAUGUCUUUUGCUGCUAAAAACAACAACAGAACAAUUUAUUACAAAACUUUUAAUAUAAAACAAUUAGCAUGACUAUGACUGUAUACUUGCAGUGACAUUGAAUCGUGAUAAAACUAGUUAAACAUAGAUUCAAAGUAUUGAAUAUUAUCCAGGAAAACCACAAUUAUACCUGCUAUAUAUGUUCUCCUUUCAAAGUCCGAAGAUGAUCCAGACCUGUCAACUCUCCCGGUUCAGCCGGGAGACUCCUGGUUUUGACUGCUUUCUCUCAGUCUCCCGGUUUUUAUAACUUUUCUCUUGGUUUCAAAGAUCUCUAGCAGAAUAGAAUGUCUAGGAAGAUUCUUCACCGAAUGUCCGAUUGAAGUUCAAUCAUUGAACCAUAGUCAUAGAAAACACAAAUCUGGAACAGUCUUUAGAUCUGUCUGGAACCAAACAAUAGAAGUAUUGUUAUCUCAUUAUCGAUGUUAGGGGAACAACGACAACAACCUCUAGGCGCAUAUCGACGAAGCAAGCACUUGCUUACGGAAUGGAUUACAUCGGCUUUUUGAAUUGUGUUGAUCUCGACGUUUUUCCGGAUUUCUGCGAUGAAGACAUUCUAAAUGAAAGUAUUGGAGUUAACUAAAAAAUAGAAGAGCUUAAGAUAGAGGUAACUCAUUCUUUUUUGUCAAUGUUUAUCUUGACUGCGGACUGUGAUGGCCCGAGAAACAGG